AAAACAAAAAAUCGUGGGAAAUCUGUGUGUUUUUUUCGUGUGCGCUUGCUUUCGGGUGUUCGGGCAAAUUUUCCUAGCGAAAAGCCAGCCGCAAUUGCUGCAGGAAUAUGCGCUUGUUUGUAAAAUUUGUCCUGUAAAGUAACGUUUUCUUGUAGCAAAAGCUUGCAACUAAUGUUUUCAAGUGGAUGCAGUAAAAAAACCGUUGAAAGAAAUUAUCAUCAGUGAAAGUGGCGCGCGCGCGUGUGUGUGUUUAGGGCGAGCGGUUCAUCUAUCGCUUAUAAGUGGAGCAUUCGCUCGUGAACUAUUUUUAUUUUCUCCUAGUUUUCACUGGGUGCAUCUUCGCGUCGGUCGGAUGCAUCUUGCGAGCGCACAUAUGGGUCUUUGAGAAAAAAAAUCAAUAACAUCAUCAUCACACGCCUACGAACGGUGCGUGCACUGAUUGGUUGGUUGACUGACGGUGAAGCGGGUGUUAAAGAGAAUAAAAAAAAACAGGUGGAUGAAAAAAGAGUUUGUUUUCAUCUGAGAAGGUGAUAAUUUUGAUAACAAACAUCCAGGCCACACACACGCACGCAGAGGGCAUCAGGGAACAUUGAACGCCCCAGCACCAGCUAGCAGAAGCAGCAGCAGCAGCAGCAGGAACAGGUCAAACCGCGACUGUGCGUAAAGCGACUUGCCGGCACGAUGAAACCUUACGAUAAUGGCACAUUCGCACCGAGACAUUUCGUGACGGAAUGGGAGGACAACGUAGUGUUCGAUGCGGACGAUCCGGAUUUUUCCGCCGGUGGCAAUGCGGCAGCAGCAGCAGCGACAAAUGCUUUAAUGCGGUCCGCCUCGAUCGCAUCGUCGAAUCUGACACGAUCGGUCACUACCUACUACGGGCUUAACUCGGCCUCGGUUGUGUCGAAUUUGAACCAGCUAAUGAAGGUAUCUUCAAGUGCGAAGCUAUCAGCAAUCAGCAACAGCAACAGUAUGUCGGUGGCCAGCGUACAAGCACCCCAUCUGGCGGAUCUGUGCAGCUCGCUGAGCCGCACCAGCCUGAGCAUGUCGUCGUCGCUGUCGGAUCUGGUCGGCAGCCCGUCGCUCGGUGCCGUGUUCGACUUCCACUCGUCGGACGCAGUGUUAACGAUCGAGGAGCUGCGCGAACAGCUCGGCUCCUGCUACACUUGCGGCGUGUCCUGGACCGAGGAUCAGGUGUCGCUCGACUGCACCGAGUGCGGUGGUUACAGCCUCGAGCGGCCGUGCCUUAUCUGUGAAGGCAUCUGCGGUCAGCUGUGGAAGCGUGAUUUCACCAUGAGCCACGCCUGCGGUAAAUCACGCUGGCAGGGUGUGUGCACCAAGUUCCCGGCCCAGAUGAUUCAGCUCCAGUCGUCGGCACCGCUCAGCAGUUGUGCCAGCUUCGGUAGCCAUCAUCAGCUGGUGACCGGUUGUGCUGCGGCCGCCAACAACGGAUCGAACAGCACAGCCAGCCAGCAACAUUUCCUGCAGCAGGAGCUAUGCGCCCGGCUCGAGAAGCUUUCCGCGAAUGCGCACUCGUAAAGCAAACAGAGAGAGCAGUUCCGGAUGCACACACACACCGUUUUUUUUUGUAGACUUUUUGUUUUAGGUGUUAAAGGAAGUAGGGAAGUAACGGAAGAUGGUAGUAGUGUAACGGCCAUCCAGUUGAUGAAGCGUACGAAGCAUUCUGCCUGCCCUCGCAGCAGUUUGUGGAUGUGUUGUUCCGCAUUCGAUGGGAGGUGAUGCACGACGCUUAACGUACAUAUGUAUAUGAGUUCCUACUGAUAAUGAUUAUCAAACCAAGCUUAGAAAACCGCAUUUGAGAUAGUAUACCACCGCCGUGUGUAUACGUGCUGCUUUUGAUUGAUUUCUCCUUCUGAGGACCCUUUUUCGGGACGAUUUUAAGAUUUCAUCAUUAGUCAAUAGGAGUUUUCAUCUGUUUUUGUUUACUCGGAAAAUUUGUUUCAAUGUGCAACCUUCUUCCCCCGUUAUUUGAAAUCAUGUGAUAGAAUUCGCUCAACGAUAUAACAAAAAUCAGUGGUAAAAAUGCGAGGGAACUUCUAUCAAAAACAUCCCCCAGAAUGUCGUACGGUCGUUACUAGUAGCUUAAUGAGAAGAGGAUGUUUUUCUGUGAAAAACAUGAAAUUUAUAAAAUAUUGCUUAGUGUAAGGGAUAAAACCGUUAGUGUGUAAUUGAGAUAGAGAGGGCUGGUACACCGGGAACGGAGGCACCAAGUAACAGAGCGGAUUCUCUUUGUGGAUUGAUUCCACACUACCAAAUUGGCACUGACAGCAAAAGAGAGAGGGAAGGUUAAAUUUGAUAUUAAAUCGCGCGUAAAUCCAACGAAAACAUAAGGUGGUUGGGUUUCUUCGUGAUACAGCGCGCCUCCGUUUCUGCCAGUCAACCAGCAAACGCAGACGAGGACGAGCAGGAGCAGAGUUUUACUUUGUAGUUCAACGUCUAUAUUUACAUAAAGUUUGGUUGCGCAACCAAAAAAUCGGUGCAACCAAACUAAACCAACCAAGCUGCAGCUUAAUUAGGCUUAAGAUGUUCUUACUCGAGAGGAAUGUUUUGUGUCGUUUAUGUUUUUUCUUGGACGGUUUUGAGCAGAUAAAGAUGGAAUAUUCUGUGUCGGUAUCGAAAAUCGCAAAACAAUAAAACAAGCUAUUCUGAAAAAAA